GUUUAAUUCCAAUCUUUCUUAUUUCUAACCAAUGUUUGAAGAGAAACUUAUUGUUGGAAUUUCAACUGCAAUUUCAGCACUUGCAGUGUUUGGGUGGUUUUUUGUGAUUCCAUCGUUAUACAAUACAAUAUCUGCAAUUCAUGAUGAAGUAUCAUCUGGUGUUUCUCUUUUCCGAGAUGAAACAGAUCUUGCUUGGACAGAGCUGAUGGAUGUUCAGAUUUCUGUUUCCCCACCAUCUUAUCCACGUGAUCAUCCGUUCAGUUCAAUCAUUCGUCAGAAGCGUCAGUCAUUUGCAAGUCUUCCAGAAUGGUGUCAAUGUGAGCCAACCAAACCAAUUUGUCCACCUGGCCCACCGGGACAACCGGGACAACAAGGACAGAAAGGCCCGCCAGGAGUUCCAGGGCAACGUGGACAAGAUUGUACAAUUGUUUAUGCUCCAAUCAUCUGCCCUCCUGUUUCUCAAGAAUGUGUUAAAUGUCCUCCGGGACCAGUAGGAGCAAUAGGACCAAUGGGCCCAAUAGGAUCUAUGGGUAGAGCUGGUCAACCGGGAUACUCCGGACCACGUGGAAAUGACGGAUUUCCUGGACUUCCUGGGCCACCAGGAGAAAAUGGACAACCAGGACAAUCAGGAAAAGAUGGUCAACCAGGAAGAAACGGAGCUGAUGGUAAGAGAGGAUACGGAGCCCCAGGUGCACCUGGAGCUCAAGGAAAGCCAGGACCAUCUGGACCCCCUGGAAUUGAUGGAUAUCCUGGGCAAAAUGGUUGGAAAGGACAACAAGGAGUACCAGGGCAAGACGAUUUUCCAGGAACAUUUGGAGAACCAGGUGCAGCUGGAAAACAAGGAUAUCCUGGACUUCCAGGAUCAGAUGCAUCUUAUUGUCCAUGCCCGAAUAGAUCGGCUAAUUUUCAUACUAAAUAGUUAUUCAGUGCAUUUGGCGAUGUUUUUUUGUUGUUUGUAAAUUGUGAAUGUGUCAAUAAAAAUAAAAACAAA